CUGACGACGUGGCCGAUAUACGUCUCAACCUCAGGUUUCAGUGGACCGGGGUGAUUCAAACUGAGAAACCGGCUGUGCACAUUACUAGUUCUGGAUUUCAGGCGGGUAUAGCAUAUUUCUCUGUUACUUUGACCUCAUCACUGUGCAACCAUGUCUGGAAAAAUCAAGAACCGAAGUGCUGCUAAUGCAGAUACGAUAGCCGGCGGUGUGUCCUGUGAUGAACGCAUCUUGCGGGAUAUCCAUCAGCUGUACACGGAUCCCAACAAUGGGUUGAUGACAGUGGCUGAAUCAGUUGGUGUGAAGUUGCUGCCUCCCAGGAAAAAAAUCACAGUGAUGCUGAUGGGGAACCACUCUGCUGGAAAGAGCUCCUUCAUCAACUGGUAUGUGGAGGAGCACAUUCAGCGCACGGGAGUUGCCAUUGAAACACAAGGCUUCAACUUUGUCACAAGUGGACGCAAGAGAGAAUCUCUCACAGGAAAUGCCACACUUCAUCUUUAUCCACAUUUCAAGCCUCUGCAAGAAUUUAAAGGUGUUUCGGAGUACUUGAGCACUGAAAUCUGCACAUCACGACAGAAACGGUUCAGCCUGGUGACAUUUGUUGAUUCUCCGGGCUUGGUGGACGGUGAUAUGAAGUAUCCAUUUGAUGUGGACGAGGUUAUCCUGUGGCUGGGUGAUCUUUGUGACCUUAUUCUGGUCUUCUUUGAUCCCAUGGGUCAGGCUUUGUGCAAGCGCACUCUCAACAUCGUUGAGAGCUUGAAUGAAAAACACGGCGACAGGCUGCGCUUUUAUCUGAGCAAGGCUGAUGAGGCUGGAGGAGAGUCGGACAGACAGAGAGUAAUGAUGCAGAUAGUCCAGGAGCUCUGCAAGCGGCCGGGGCUCAACAAAUGUGGCUUUGACAUGCCCACUAUCUACAUCCCUAACCCAAACAAGCCCAGUCGCUGCGUCAACCAAAUUGAAGAGGUUUGUCGCACCAUCGAGAAAACCAUCAACCAAACAGUCCAGACUACGCUCAAUUCUCUGGAGAGGGACUGUGAGCUCAUCAGCGAGGCCAUAACAGAAACGCUCAACAACGACAGACAAACCAGUUUGGAGAACCGACGUUCACGCUGCAAGAGCUGCUUCCUGACUCUGCUGGGUUUCUGCAUCCCUCUGGCUCUGCUUGCCUUGCUGGUGCUGGGGACUCUGUCCAAAGAGCUGGUGGAGACAGCUCUGGGCCGCGAGGCCACAGAGUCACUCUCACUCUACCUGAUUCCUGCAGUGAGAAUAUUUGACUCUCUGUCUGGGGAGCAGCAGCUUUACAGCUGUGGCGGACUGGUCCUUCUGUCCUUCCUCCUGCUCGUCAUUGCACGCUUCUCCUUCAGAACUCGAUUGACUCUAUCAGGCAAACAGAAACGGCAACUGCAGGAGAAGCUGGAGUACGUUCAGGAAGUGAUCAAAACCAAAAAGAAAAGUCUGUAUGAGGACUAUCUACGUCAGAGUGUCAGCGAUCAGGACAUGGACUUGUAAAGAAAGAUGUAUGCAAAACCCCUCUCCAGGGAUGGGACCAAUAAAAUGCCUGCUUUGCCAAGGUUUCAACCCAGCUGCCAUGGUGCUCUGACCACUUAAUGAUUUAUCUUUUAUUUUUGUUGCAGACACAUGGCACGUUUAGAAAAACUUGUCCAAACUGUGGUGCUGUGAGAGCUAAAAGACCUGUUUACCUGUUAGAUGUUACAUCUGUACAAACGGUUACACCUAGCUACCUGCAGAUUAGACGAACUUGUUACUGAUCCUUUAUUUGUUUUUGGUGUUUAUUUUCAUAUAUGUGUACUGUGCCUCUGGUCCACUCAAAGUAAUUUGGGCGUACACCACUUUAAGAUAUUUAAUAAAUGUCCAAACUAUUUAUAACAUAUAGCACUGAUUUACAAGUCACUUUGUAUAUGUUUAGCUUUUGAGGACCUUUACCAGCAUUUUAUACAGUAUUUUGACUGUUUAUUAUCAUGCAUUUACAGUUUUGUAUUGAUCCAGGAACCAUGAAUGUCUAUGGAUUAUAAACUGUUUACAAUAUUCAGUUAUAUGCACCAGACCUGCAGUGAUGAUUGUGAGCCAACAGUCACAAGUGUUAUCAGUGACCAAAUCAAUUUUUGUUUUAUUUACAUCUUAUUUGAUUAAAAAGAACGUAUUCCAC